CGUGGUUGGGAAACUAUACUUACUUCGGCACCGGUUGUGUUAGGUCCUUCCAAAAAUUGUGAGUGUCUGGUCAAAAUGAAAGCAGGUUUAUUGUUUCUUGCCCUUGUGGGCACUGUAUUAUGUGAUCCCAAAGUGUAUUUUAAUGAAGAAUUCAAAGAUGAAUCAUACACUGACAAUUGGGUAGAAUCCACCAAAAAAGGAGCAGAGCAGGGAAAAUUUGUUUGGUCUGCUGGUAAAUUUUAUGGGGAUGCUGAUAAAGACAAAGGUAUUCAAACAUCUCAGGAUGCCAGAUUUUAUGGCCUUUCUGCUAAAUUUGAUAAAUUCAGCAAUGAAGGAAAAUCACUGGUCGUACAAUUCACAGUAAAACAUGAACAAAACAUUGAUUGUGGUGGUGGAUAUGUUAAAGUUUUCUCCAGUGACUUAGAUCAAGAAAACAUGCAUGGUGAUUCCCCAUACUUGAUCAUGUUUGGGCCUGAUAUUUGUGGACCAGGUACUAAGAAAGUCCAUGUGAUCUUCAACUACAAAGGCAAAAACUUAUUAAUCAAAAAAGAUAUCCGAUGCAAGGAUGAUGUUUACACACAUCUGUACACUUUGGUUGUCAACUCAGAUAAUACAUAUGUUGUAAAAAUUGAUAACGAAAAGGUUGAAAGUGGUGAUUUAGAAUCAGACUGGGAUUUCCUUCCCCCUAAGAAAAUUAAGGAUCCAGAAGCUAAGAAACCAGAAGAUUGGGAUGAUCGUGAAAAUAUUGAUGAUCCUGAAGAUACUAAACCAGAAGAUUACGAUAAACCAGAACAUAUUCCCGACCCAGAAGCUAAGAAACCCGAUGAUUGGGAUGAUGAGAUGGAUGGUGAAUGGGAACCACCAAUGAUUGACAACCCAGAAUACAAAGGUGAAUGGAAGCCAAAACAGAUACCUAAUCCAAAAUACAAAGGAAAAUGGGUACACCCUGAAAUUGAUAAUCCAGAAUAUUCCUCUGAUGAUAGUUUAUACAAAUAUGAUGAUAUUGGUGCUCUUGGAUUUGAUUUAUGGCAGGUAAAAUCUGGAACUAUUUUCGACAAUGUCUUGAUCACUGAUGAUGAAAAAUAUGCAGAAAAAUACGGAACAGACACAUGGGGAGAAACAAAGGACCCAGAAAAGAAAAUGAAAGAAGCACAAGAUGAAGAAGAAAGUAAAAAGAGAGAAGAGGAAGAAAAGAAACGUAAAGAAGAGGAAGAUGCCAAAAAAGAUGAUGAUGAUGAGGAAGAAGAUAAGGAAGAGGAGGAGGAUGAGAAAGAGCCUGACCAUGAUGAAUUAUAAUCCAAAUGUUCCUAUUCCUUUCAUUUUAAAUCGCCAUUUCAUCAAAUUGUUGGUCAUUUUUAUCAUCCGACGAAGAGGAAACUCCAAGUAAUGGGAUAAUAUUUCAAGUGGAUAAGCAUGGUAUUAAUAUCAUAAUGCUGUGCAGUAUCUUGUGAUAUGAUUUUUUUCAUCUGGCAUAAAGACAAUUCUACAAAAGUACCUGCUCUUAAUUUUAAGUUGUUAUAUGAAGAUUUUUGAAAGCUAUUUUUUUGUUGUGAUGUUUUUUUUUUUUUUUUUUUUUUGAUGGAUGUUGCAUUUCAACUUGGGCUACUAAAAUCAUGAUUUCAUCGUUACGUUCAUGGUUCUUUUUUUUUUAUUAUUUAAAAGAAAAUAUAUUUAAGUGUAUAGUAAACUUGAUGUAAAAUAUUUCUGUACAUUGACAAAAAUAGUAUGGAUGUCUAGACACAGUUUUCUGCUGUGUAGAUAGAGUAUGAAACUGUGUGUAGGCAGCCUUGAAAUCUAGACUUAAGGUGAAGAAGUGUAUUUUACCAAAAUUAGUUAUAAAAAGUUGUUAUAUGGUAAUAAAUACUUCUUUUUUAUAUAAAAUUGUCUUUCAUUU